AUCCGUGAUGAGGUGGAGAAAGUCGUCUCUAAUCUCAGAUUACCACCCACCAUAUUUACCGGCAAUAAGAUUGUAGCUGAAGAUGGAAGCCCUCUCAGGAUUGAGCUCUUAGAUGUCGCCACCAAUGUGAUUGUUACAUUAGCGCCAUUUGCUUCCUUGAAGAUUGAGGUCGUUGUUCUUGACGGUGACUUUGUCUCAGAAGAUUGGUCUGAUCAAGAUUUCGAGAACAAUGUGGUUAGGCAAAGAGAUGAGAGAAGACCUCUGGUGACUGGUGAGCUCACCACUGUACUCAGAAAUGGAGUGGGCGAGCUAAGUAAUGUGGCUUUCGGUGAUAACUCAAGUUGGAUCAGGUGUCGGAAGUUCAUGUUAGGAGCUAGAGUCAUGCAAAAGAAAAGUGCUUCAGGGGAAGUUGUUCGGGUUAGAGAAGCCAGAAGUGAACUAUUCGUCGUUAAAGAUCUCCGUGGAGAAUUGUACAAAAAACACUUCCCUCCAAGGCUGGAAGACGAAGUUUGGAGGUUGGAGAAAGUGGCAAAAGAUGGAGCGAUUCACAGACGACUGUCUUCCUACGGAAUCAAUACUGUGAAACAACUUCUUCAGGCCAAUGUCAUCGACCAAUCUGCUUUGAGAGAUGUAAGUACGAUCUCGACAAAAACAUGGAACAAGAUCAUCGAGCAUGCCAAUGCCUGCGUUCUCGACAAAAGUGAGGUCUACGCCUACACGGAGCAUGGCGAAGGCAUUAGGCUCUUGUUCAAUUGUGUAUACAAGCUUGAAAGCGUCUCGUUUGACGAUGGCCAAACUUACCCUUCUCUGUAUGAUCUAACUCCAUAUCAGAAGGUUUUGAUUGAGCACUCAAAGAGGCGGGCUUUGUCCAACCCUAAGAACUUGAUCCUUGUGGGUUCUUGUUUUGAGCGAUUUCAAACAUUAAACUUUCUUGGCAAGCAAGACCCUAAAAGAUUUGGAAUUGACGACGGUAAAUCCGAACCGGAUUUGGAUAUCAGAUCAAUACUCCGCCAAAAAGACUCGUCAUCGGUCGAGAAAGAGCAUAUGUUUGACAAAGUAUUGACACCUAGCGAUGUCGGCAAGUUGAACCGCCUAGUGAUUCCAAAGCAGUACGCAAACACAUACUUCCCGCCAGUGGUACAUUUCUCCAAGAAAAAGGGACUGAUCCUGAGAUUUGAUGAUGGAGAAGGGAAGCUCUGGCAGUUCCGCUACUCCUACUGGAACAGCAACCAGUGCUACGUGUUGACUAAAGGUUGGAGCAGGUUCGUGAAGGAGAAGAAUCUUAGAGCUAGAGACACAAUCUCCUUCCACCGUGAUGUCGGAAAUAAUGUUUUUUACAUAGGCUGGAAACGGUGGCCCAAUCUUGAAGAAGAUCACUCGCCUUAUCUCCCAUUCGACCUCCAUGAUCAGCAGCAGUCUAGCCUCACAACUGAGCUAGUGGCACCACUGACCUUAUCGUCCCUGUUUGGCCUCCUACUUGUGAGCUUGAAGCACCUUGACGCAAACCACUGCAAUAUACUCUGUAUUCCAAACCUAUCAAAAGCCCAAAAACUCGAGAUUCUGAAUCUUGAAGGCUGUGCAAACUUGGUUGGGGUCUCAUCGAUUCAGUAUCUUAAAAUGCUUCAACUUCUCAAUCUUAAGGGAUGUCAAAGUCUGAAGAGACUUCCAAGUCUGAUCAGAUUGAAGUUGCUCAAGACUCUUGAUCUCUCUCACUGCUCAAAUCUGACCAGGCUUCCUCCAUCACUUGGGUGUCUGCCAACCCUUUGUGAAUUGAGCCUUAAGAAUUGUGAAAAGCUCGAGAAUCUCCCACGUAGUGUUAUGCACUUGAUGAAAUCUCUCGAAACUCUCAACAUUUCUGGUUGCUCAACGAUGCUUAAAUCCAUUAGUAGAGAUGACAAUGCAGUUCCCUCAUUAACACAGCCACCAUCCGCACUUCCUUUCAUGCCUUCUUCAGGAGUCACACAAGAGGACAAUCUACCUUGCAAUUGCACCGAUAUUCCAAUAAGAAAUUUUACUAAAGACACUUAUCUUGUGCCACAACCACAACCAAUCACAACUGUGCAACAAGAUUCUGAUGGAGAUUUGGCGUUGCAAGAUGUAUCUUCUUAUUUACUGGACAUUAGGGGGGAGAAGGCUGUAGAAUCAAAGGAUGAUGAUUCUAUGAUGAUUCCUUUGAUUAUUUCUCUACUUACAAAGCUCAGGACUGCACUAACAUUUCCUCUUGAUACAGAUUCUUCCCAUGCUUGCUCAUCUUCUUCCCAAGAUUACAACACCCUGUCCAUAAACCACACGGAAGAUAGUAGUUCAGGACAGGAGUGGAAGAUUGUGAAUUUGAACUUAGCAGCAAAAAUUCGUAUCACCAACAACACAAGAUUUGUGAGGAACAUAGCAAUGCUAAUGAAGCAUUGGUUUCAUGAUCUAAUCAAUUUUGACGAAGGGGAGAGAAACUGUAGAACUCGGUUAGCAGGUUAUCAUCAAAAGCAUAGGAGGCAGACCAGUUUCACCACUGGUACGGAGGAAGAACUUUCACCUACUAGAUCGGAUUUGGAUGGUGAGAGUAAUACUGUUAUAUCAUAUGAAAAUGAAAAAUGUUUGCUUAAUAAGAGAACUAGAACAAGUGAUUUUGCUAUAGAGCAAAAUCAGCAUGUCGACGCUUUGGAGAAUCAACUGAGAUUUUCAGUACAACAUUGGGACGAAACCAGUGCCAUCAGAAACAUCGAGGAAGACGUUUUCGCUUUGAUUGAUGAGCUUUCGGGUUGGCAUGACAAGGGAAAGGAAGUCCCAAAGAGUGUGCUGGCAUGGGUAGCAGAGAUGGAACAAAGUAUUCCUGAGACGGUGAGGAGUAUGAAGAAUGCCAAAGUUGAAGCAGUUGUGAUUGCAGGUUAUAAGAAGAAGAUGGAUGUAAUGUUGGUUAUAGGAGAACUAGAGCUGAGAUUGUUGGACAUGGAAUUGUCAAGGAUAACAGAAGAGGAAGAUGAGAUAGAAGCUGAGCUUCAACGAUUGAUGGACAAGAAGAGAGAGAUAUUGCAGCACUAG